UCACCUGGUGACGUCACCGCCCCUUUAAGCACACCUGGACCCGCCCACCACUCACCUGGUGACGUCACCGGCCCCUCAAGCCCCGCCCACGACUCACCUGGAGCCAAUCCUGACUCACCUGGUGACGUCACCGGCCCUUUAAGCACACCUGGUGACGUCACCGCCCCCUCGAGCUCACCUGGACCCGCCCAGGACUCACCUGGUGACGUCACCGGCCCCGCCCCCGGCCCCUCCCCGUCGGCCCCGCCCUGGGCGUGCCCCAGCUGCCCGCGGCGCUUCCCCUCCCCCGCGCGGCUGGCGGCGCACCUGCGCUCGCACUCAGGUGAGCGCCCGCUCACCUGCCCGCAGUGCGCCAAGGCCUUCGCCGCGCCCGCCGCCUUCCGCCGGCACCUGCGGGGCCACGCCGGGCUGCGGCCGCACACCUGCGGCACCUGCGCCAAGGCCUACGCCGAGCGCAAGGACCUCACCAACCACCUGAGGGCCCACACAGGUGAGGGACACACCUGGGAUACACCUGGGGGGGAUGGGACACACCUGACAUACACCUGG